UCAAUAGUUCCAUUUUGUUCAAAGAAACCGCGUAGAGGAAGGCUCUGUCGGAAAAACUCAUUUGUUGAUUCGCCUCGAUUCAAAUAAUUUGUAAUAAAAGAUCAAUUUUAAUCAACAUAACGUAUUUGUUUGAGAGAUAUUAGAAAAUUAUAAUCAAAUUCAAAUUUUUACUGAAACAGUAUAUUUUUCUUAGGUUGGCAGUAUCAAGCUGGUCAUUUCCUUUUUGAAACCAACCUCCCGUUCAUCGGUGUUGGCAAGUUAUUUUGUAGUGAAUUUAUUUUAGGAUUUAUUAAACUAAAAACAUGGUUCAGAAAAAGCCCAAGAAGAAGGUUGGAAAGAAGGUAGCAGCAGCUCCUUUGGUUGUAAAAAAGCAGGAAGUUAAGAAGGUGGUAAAUCCUCUUUUUGAAAAGCGGCCUAGAAACUUUGGCAUUGGUCAGGACAUCCAACCCAAACGUGAUCUCAGUCGUUUUGUAAAAUGGCCCAAAUACAUCAGGAUUCAACGGCAGAAGGCUGUACUUCAGAAGCGUUUGAAGGUUCCCCCUCCAAUCAACCAGUUCCAACAGUCCCUUGACAAGCAGACAGCCACUCAGCUGUUCAAAAUCCUGGAGAAGUACAAGCCGGAAACGCCCGAGGCGAAAAAGGCGAGACUGAAGGCCCGCGCCGAGAGCAAGGCAGCCAAGAAGGAGGAUGCGCCCACCAAGAGGCCCAACAUCAUCCGCCAGGGCGUCAACACAGUCGUCAAGCUCGUCGAACAGAAGAAGGCCCAGAUUGUUGUCAUCGCUCACGAUGUCGACCCCAUUGAGCUUGUCCUUUUCCUACCAGCCUUGUGCAGAAAGAUGGGAGUGCCCUACUGCAUCAUCAAGGGCAAGGCAAGGCUGGGUCGCCUUGUCAAUAAGAAAACAUGCACUAGUUUGGCGUUGACACAGGUGGAUACUGGUGACCGAGCGUCGUUGACGAAGGUGAUCGAGGCUGUGAAGACCAACUACAACGACAGGUACGAGGAGAUCAAGCGGCACUGGGGAGGCGGACUGCUCGGCAGCAAGUCGAUGGCCCGCAUCGCCAAGAUCGAGAAGGCCAAGGCUAGGGAGUUGGCCCAGAAACAGGGCUAGUUCUGUUUUUUAUUAAAAGUUGAAAAUUGACUUCUA